AGCCUUCUGCCAGCUAGCAUGCUAGCAGGCACCCAAUAUAUACUAAGACGUUGCUGUGUUACUCCCCCUUCCUUCCCGCAGGCUCUCUCAUUGAGCACCAUGGUUCAGACGCGCUCCGUCACCAAACGUCUCAGCCAUCAAGAGCGCACAGCAACCGAGCCACGCCAUGACUCGCUCCAUACCGUCACCCUGAAAAAUGUGGUGGCCGUCAAUGAUAGGAUCAGGACCUACAGACUCGAGAUUAAGAACAAGGGCAGCUUCAACUUCCUGCCAGGCCAAUGGCUCGAUGUUCACGUCCCCGGCGUCGAAAAGGCUGGCGGCUUCACCAUCACGUCGUCCCCGCGACAGGCUGUGCCUGAUACCACCGAUGGAGACGCUCCCUACGUCGAAUUGGCCAUAAUGAAGAGUCCCGAAAACCCAUCGGCUGCAUGGCUGUGGCAGCCCAUUGAGAGCAUACUCGGGGAGGAGCUCAAGGUCCGUGCAGGAGGACAGUUUGUGUGGCCACCGCCUGGUCUAGAUAUGGACAACAUUACACGCGCCAUCUUCAUUGCUGGCGGCGUUGGCAUCAACCCGCUCAUUUCGAUUCUUUCCUAUCUGCACGAAGAGAAACUUCCGGUAGAAGUUCGCUUCCUCUAUUCCACCAAAGUGCCGUCCAUAGAUACGCAGCCGUCCGAAGUACUUUUUCUCCCCGAGCUUCUCGAUCUUUUCCGGAAACCGCGGUCAGACAAGAGCAAGCACCGCCUUGAACUUUUCCUCACCAGUGCACGCGAUGGUUCCCAACUGAACCGCCGCGAUGAUGAGCCUAUAUACCCACUGAUGUCGCUCACCCUUCCCAACAUAGCAUCGGAUACGGAAGUGCCGGUGGUCGCGUGGACGCACCGUAUUGACGACAUUGCCAUGAUGAGUGCAUGCGGAAAUUUAGCUGAAGCGGGGCAAACCGUGUUCUACGUGUGUGGACCUCCUGCGAUGACGGACGGAGUUGUCGAAUUCCUCAAAUGCCAACCGAAUGUGAAGUCGGAUCAUGUGUUGUGCGAAAAAUGGUGGUAG